GUGCACUGGAUUCAUCUUCCAGAAGGUUGGCAAAUUAGCAGCGACCGCAGUGGGAGGAGGCUUCUUUCUGCUCCAGCUUGCAAACCACACGGGAUACAUCAAGAUCGACUGGAAGAUGGUUGAGCGAGACGUGAGCAAAGCUAAAAAGCACCUGAAGUUUUCUAGUAGCACCUCCAGCAAGCUGGCGCCAGAGGUGAAGAGCCAAUUUGAUGAGGCGAUCAAUUUCCUGAAGAGGAACGUCCUGCUAUCUGGAGGCUUCGUUGGCGGCUUCUUGCUCGGCAUGGCCUCUUAGGAAUCCCACCCAAUCCGCCUUUCCACCGGCUGGUCUUGCAGCCCCCUCCCACUGCUUGGUCCCUCCGCCGCCUGAUUAGCCUGCUGAAGCAUUCAGCCUCCUGACUGGCCUCUCUUUUGAUACCUGCAAAGUAGCAUCCAGAAACACCACCGCUAGCCUUCCUCCCCACCCCUUCCUCCCCCUGUUUGUUCCUGCUUUUUAAUUCGACGCAGGAGGGAAGUUGGACCGAUCUUGAAGAUGCUUUCGAUCCCUGCCUAAGAUGCCAAAAUCUGCAGAACGCCCCCUUCCCUCCCACACAUUUAUUUUUAUUUUUAUUUCUUCCUUUACUGGCGUAAACUAGACAACUUCACUGUGGAAGGACUCAUAGCCCCCUGCUUAUGCGUCCGUCUUCUCAUUAGUGUCAAGAGUCUCUCCUAGCAGACCAAGGAAGCAAGCAGAUCAACGAGGACGGGACGGGAGCAUGUCCUGGAAUAACUGCCUCCAGAAAUGGCUGCUUCCCCCUGGCUUCCUAACGCAGCUCGUCCCUAAGAGCAGCAGCUUCUUGGACUCAACUCAUCCAAGAUUUGGGUUGUUUUUUUUUAAUUUAUACUACAAGAUGACUGGAAUAAUCUGUGGAAACCCUCUGGCUCUGCUGUGUGGAAUUCUCUGUCUUCCUCUUUGUCCGACCGGAGGAAGCCUGGAAGACUCGGGUAGUGUGGCUGCCUCUCAAGGAAAAUAUCUUAAAACUGGGGUUUUAUGUAGUGGAACGGCAGCAGGGUUAGAGCUUGGAGCUGUUAAAAGAUAAAUUCGAGUCUCGGUAGCAAUUGCUAGCGAAUCCCGGGAAUGGAAUUAAUGUGGAGGGUCUCCACCGUCUGGUUCAGAACUCCUGGGCGGUGGGAUGCAGGGGGUGGGGUGGGGUGGAAGCUGGGUAGGUCUGCUUAUGCCCUGAGGUCUGCAUAGGAGAAUUAACUUUUAGCCCAGAGCAAAAGCAGCCAAAUUCUGGGCUCCCAAGUUAGUUUCCCUUUAUAGGAAUUGCGAUAUUGAGCAGGGAGAGAGAGAGGCUUUAGGUCUGCUUUCUCCUGGAGUUCUUGCCAUCUUAUCUGUGGGAUAGCGACAAUAGCUCGUAGAACUGUCAUUCUUCCCCCCCACCCCCCAGUUCCUAUAAAUGCAUACGUUAUGGAAUAACAGCAGCUUUCUUCGCCUGGAACCUCUGUCAUUGGUUUUUAUAGGUAGAGCUCUGUGCCGUAAAAGCUUGCACCGUCCUAUUUUCAGCAAUAGCGAUAGCAUUUGCACUUAUGCACCGCUCCGUAGUGCUUAUAGCAUUCUCUGGGUGGUUUACAAGGUAGAAAUUGUAUUUUGCACAUUGCCCCCCAACAAUUUGGUCCUCCUUUUACCAA